CGGAAAUCCUACGAGCUAAACUAAACUGUUGCUAAACUAAAAUGGACGAGCAAUUAAAUGAGAAACUGAAUGAAAUCGUUAGAAUUCAAGGUGAACUACAGACGGAAAUAAGAAAUCUCAAAGAUGUCGGUGGCCGAGGCAAAAUACGGGCAAGAGGCAAACACGAUUCAUUUCGUUAUUUUGACCACAGGAAAAUGAACAAGGGCAUCGCAGAUUUAAGGGCAUUAACAGAGAAUAUCUCUAGACUCGGUAAAGCCCUUUACAAAAAACUGGACAACUCGACUCUGCCGGGCCAUACAGCCAGAGAUUACAAAGAGCGCAUCUUGCGCACCUUUACGGAGAUAGAAGAGGUCGGCAAGCAGCUGAAAUAA